AUGGAAAGGCUGGAAUGUAUCAAACAAGAAAUCACCCAUAUAUUCGUCCAUAAGAGACCUACGCUGGACAGAAUGUUCGCUUCGACAUCACAAAGAAGUGAUGAUGGUUUGCGGGCGUCUUACAAUAUCUCGUUACUUAUAGCAAAAUCAGGAAAACCGCAAACUAUCGGAGAGAAGUUAAUCUUGCCAGCCGUUGAAGAGAUUUUAAAAACUGUUUUACACAAGCCUGCAUCUGAUAUCAUUAAAAGAAUUCCCUUAAGCAACAAUACUGUUGAAAGACAUAUUGAUGAAAUGAGUUCUGAUAUUGAAAGCUUCUUAUUAGCUACAGAUGGAGCACCUGCCAUGGUUGGACAAUUUCUGGAUACUAAAGAUAACAUUUUAAAAGAAAAUUCAAUGAAGAGGAAAACAGACACCGCCUAUUUAACAGAUUUGUUUACAAAAUUUAAUAUGGUUAAUUUGCAAUUACAAGGCGACAGUUUAAAUUUGCUUAAAACAAAGUCCAUCUUAUCAGCGUUUCUUGCCAGAGUUAAACUAAUGAAGCAAAAUAUUGGACGGGGCGAAUUUUCUCAGUUCCCCAAUUUGUCACAGACAAGCUGCCAGGAAGACGACGUGUCAACUUGCGUUCAACAUUUAAAUGCCCUCUAUUCAGAUUUUGAAUCUAGGUUUGAGGAUAUUUUGACUAUGGUAAUUCCACCGUGGAUAAUUAAUCCAUAUGGUGACAUAGAAGAAACGAAUGUCAUAAUACAAGAGGAACUGACUGAACUAAGUACAAACGAAGAACUUAAGGUUCAGUUUGAAAACGGAUAUCAGCAAUUCUGGCUGCAAAACAACAUACCCGUUACUUAUCCCAUUUUAUGGUAUAUAGCGAGGACAUUUUUAAUUUCCUUUCCAUCGUCAUACCUAGUGGAAACGGGGUUCAGCGCUGUUACCAAUCUCCUAAUGAAAAAAAGAAACAGACUGGACAUCAUUAGCCGAGGAGAUUUAAGAUUAACCCUUACAAAAUUGACACCAAAUGUUGAUAAUUUAUUAUUAAAGCAUCAGGUUCAUCUUUCUCACUAA